GUGAAUUUUCAAACAAAAACAGACUAUAGAAAAAAUGUCGCAAUUAGUCACAAUUCCAUCAUCAGUAUCUCCGUCCAACAGCCGCAUUAAACACAUCGAAAUGUUCGGACAACCUCAAACCACAACAACAUCCUCACUCACACAAACAUCCAAUGUCCUCACACCCACAUCACCUUACCCAACAACAUUUCACUAUACCAACAUCAACAAUUUGAUGUACGGUCAAGAUAUGGUCAACUCUCUAGACAUGAAGACCUUCUCCAGCCAAUAUUCGGACUUUGUCGAUCCAUUUUCAUCGUGCGCCGAAACACCCAGUUCGGUAUUUAGUGACACAUGCACACCCAGUGGCUAUCAGACGACAACGACAAGUGACAUUGUCCUGCGAGAGGAUGUCUUCCGUUUCGAGCCGGAAGAUAUUGAACGGUUGACCAAAACCUAUCAAUACAAUGAGCAAACUUCAGCAAUGUCUUCGUCAAGCAGGACCAACACAACCACAUCAACCACAACCGCCAGUAUAAAUUUUGACAUUGAAUAUUUUAAUUAUGACGAAAUCAAUUGCCAGUCGAAGAAUCAGUCACCCUGCUCAUCGCCACAACUGACAGAUCCAUGGAUGACGUUUAACUUGCGUGACACUUACCCUGGACCGGGGACAUCACCAAAAAUCGAAAACAACAAUUCUGGUUUCACAUACGAAUACAGCAACUAUCCUUCUGCACAGUUGACUCAGAUACCGCAAUAUCAAAGUCCACGUACGUCAGAGCAUGUAGAGGUGGCUAUUGACAGCAGCAGCACACGAAUGAAGCAAGAAACGACGCCUUCCUUCGUGCUUGUCGAAGAUGACAGUCGAACUAAUCGGGAUGAUAAAUUUAUUCUGCACCCGUUCCACAAAUUUCCAUCAAUGAACGGUGCAGGUACGUUUGAGGCGUCACCAUCACCAUUGUCCUCGUCGACAAUUUCUCCAUCGUCUUUAUCGACGAUAAAAUACUCACCGACAACAGCGACAUCUAGGACAGAACAACUUUUGCACGUGGAGACAUUUGCCUAUGAUGAUGAAUUGGUGUCCCCGCCUAGCCACCAUCAUCAUCACCUGCAUCAUCAUCAUCAUCAUCAUCACAACUAUAGCCCGAAAAGUGACGAAUGCAAUGAUUCGUAUGAACACCUGCCGGAGAACUACAAUAGCAGCGAACUGAUGAUGCAUGAGAAACCGAAUCGGGAGCACAAGGACAUUUGGACAAUUGGAGAAUUUAAAGGCGAGGAUGGGGAUGUGCAUCAGCUCCAAGAGGUUGUCAUCAGUUCGUUUUCAUCCUCACCGCAGCUUUCAUCAACGACGACUCCGACGUUAUCAUCAACAACAACAACAACAACAACAACAAAAGGACUAUUCGAUGAUAAUAUUGUCAAUAGUGUCCUUGCUGCUGCUAGUCCCAUCAUCAACGAUGAUAAUGAUGAUAAUGGUGGUGAUGGUGGUCAUCACGAUAUCAUCGAUGAUGAUGAUGAUGAUGAGGACGAUGACGAUUCAGUGUUUAUGGAAAUCCAAGAAGAAACGCCUUACAAUUCAUCACAGCUACCAAGUAGCAUCAUCAAAGCUGAUGUCCACGAUGAUGAUGUUGAUGGCCAACAAUCAACACCGUCAUCCCCAUCAUCAUCAUCAGUAGCAGCAGCAACGACAUUGGUGAUGGUGAAUCAAUUGGAAUGCCUAUGGACAGACUGCAAUGAGGUAUUUCCCAAUCAGGAGGAAUUUGUAACACACAUCGAAAAGAGGCAUGUGGAUGUGAAAAAGGGUGAGGAUUUCUCUUGUUUUUGGGUGGAUUGUCCGAGACGGUAUAAGCCAUUCAAUGCGAGAUAUAAAUUGUUAAUACAUAUGCGAGUUCAUAGUGGAGAGAAACCAAACAAAUGUCCGUUCUCUGGUUGCAAUAAAGCGUUUUCGCGAUUAGAAAAUUUAAAAAUUCACCAACGCUCGCAUACCGGCGAAAGACCAUACGGAUGUCAGUACAAGGGCUGCUUGAAGGCAUUUAGUAACAGUUCGGAUCGGGCGAAACAUCAAAGGACCCAUUACGAUACGAAACCAUAUGCCUGCCAAAUACCCGGUUGCACAAAACGUUACACCGACCCAUCGAGUCUUCGAAAACACGUUAAAAAUCACACAAUCCGCAAUGGCAACAUAAAUGGUCGCCGAAAAUCAUCUAGUGCUUCCAUAAAUAAUACAACAACAAACACAUCAUCCACACGACAACAAUUGUCGAAAAUCCGUCGUCAUUCCGAGUCAUCACUGAUGGGCGGCCAAACGACGAAAUUGGUGGCGACACCAACUUCAACCAUCAUCACGCACAACACAAAUACCGUCAUCACCGCCUCAAUGAUCUCAUCAAACAUUCAAUACAAUAAGCCGGUCAGUAAUCAGCACCUGAGCACCUUGCGUCAGCAACAGCCUCAAGCAACGGCCUACCAUCCUAACCACCAUCAGCACCAGCACCAUCACCACCAUCAACAAUUCCAACAACAGCGCCCUCUGCACACAUUACACGAGUCCGAUGAUUUUUUCCAAAGUGAUUACCUGCUUUUUGAGGAUGCAUUCACCACCACCACUACCACAUCAGAAUCAGCUGUGGGCAAGAACAACAAAUCGUCGUCCUCGGCCAUGGUCAUCAUCCCAAACAGAUCCACCAAAACCGAAAUUGAGCCCACAUUUAACAGCAAUGACAACGGUAACCACACUGUUUGUUCAACUGCAGCCAUUAGUGAACAUUAUCCAUCGUCAUCGUCGUCGUCCACGUCCACGUCCUUCGGGAUCGAGAACAUUAAAUUACGCCCAACUUACAAUCAUCAUCAUGAUGGUCCACCAAUAUCCUCGGACUCGGCAAUGGCCAUUCUAAAUAGCCCCACGGCAGCAACAACUACACCCGAUAGCAAUUCAAUGAACUUUAAUGAGCUGUCUAAUUGCAUUGUUACAAUCGAAAGUACUCGCAAUGAGAAUUCGAUUGACGGAUGCCAGUCGGCAGCAGCAGCGGUAGCGGCAACUUAUGUAGGGCAUCAUCAUUCACUCCCAUCCAUCAUCACCCACACAGCAGGAGGAGGCGGUCAGGAAUCAUUAUCAGCGCCCUCUUUGAUCAAAACCGAAAUAGCCUCCGGCGGCUGCAGCGGCGGUGGCUGCAGUGAGAACAACAGCAGCGGCGGCGGCAGCGGUGGGGACGAUGUCGAUAUCGAAUGCAAUGAAUUCGUUUCAUUUGAAUAUGUCAAAAAGCUUUUGUCAGAUACAUUCGAUUAUGGUGAUGAUGGACAGCAAUUGGCAAGCGGAAAUUUAACAACUGAUUCCAACGGAAGCGGCAGCGAAAAUGGCGUUGAACACGAUUUGGAUAGUAACUUUGAUAUGGAAUAUUUAAAUAAUUUCAUUUAGAAAAAAUUUAA